GUAGCCGCUGUGGAAGUCAGUGUGAGGAGAGGAUCCGCUCUGCGGGUUUGGGUGCUGAGUGUGUGUGUGUGUGUGUGUGUGUGUGUGAGAGAGAGUCCGUGGGUCGCUAUGAGGCGGAGAGAGAAGAGGUUGCUGCAGGUUGUGGUGUUGAUCAUCGCCGCGCUGCUUUUCCUCCACAGCGGCGCUCUGAGGAGCUCCAACCCCACCGGAAACACCGAGCUGUACCGCGCGCGCACACAGGGAGUACUCGGGAGGCUGAAGCCUGCAGACAGAGUGGACAGUCAGAGGAGGAAAGACUGGCACGACAACGAGGCCAUACAGAGAGAUGCAGCACGAAUAGGAAACGGAGAGCAGGGUAAAGCGUUCCCGAUGACCGACACUGACCGUGUGGAUCAGGCUUACAGAGAGAACGGCUUCAACAUUUACGUCAGCGACAGAAUCUCACUGAACAGAUCACUGCCUGACAUCCGCCACCCAAACUGUAAACACAAGCUGUAUGCUGAGAAUCUCCCCAACACCAGCAUCAUUAUUCCGUUCCAUAACGAGGGCUGGAGCUCAUUACUGCGCACCGUUCACAGUGUUGUGAACCGAUCGCCCUCUCAACUCAUCAGUGAGAUCAUCCUCGUAGAUGACUUCAGUGACCGAGAGCAUCUGAAGGCCCCGUUGGAGGAGUAUAUGGCUCGGCUGCCGAAGGUGCGCAUCGUUCGCACUCAGAAGCGUGAGGGUCUGAUCAGGACCAGACUGCUGGGGGCGUCGCUCGCUACGGGGCAGGUCAUCACCUUCCUCGACUCACACUGUGAGGCUAAUGUCAACUGGCUCCCCCCACUGCUGGAUCGUAUUAAACAGAACCGUAAAACGAUCGUGUGCCCAAUGAUUGACGUGAUCGACCACGAUAACUUCGGCUAUGAGGCUCAGGCAGGAGACGCCAUGCGUGGAGCUUUUGACUGGGAGAUGUUCUACAAACGCAUCCCCAUCCCCUCCGAGCUGCAGAACAGCGACCUGAGUGAACCGUUCGAGUCUCCAGUGAUGGCUGGUGGUUUGUUUGCUGUAGACAGGAAGUGGUUCUGGGAAUUGGGAGGAUACGACACAGGACUGGAGAUCUGGGGAGGAGAACAGUACGAGAUUUCCUUUAAGGUAUGGAUGUGUGGAGGUCGUAUGGAGGACAUUCCCUGCUCUCGGGUCGGCCAUAUAUACAGGAAGUAUGUUCCCUACAAAAUUCCUGGAGGAGUGAGCCUAUCUAGGAACCUGAAGCGAGUGGCAGAGGUGUGGAUGGACGAGUAUGCAGAAUUUAUUUAUCAGCGGCGGCCGGACUAUCGUCCCCUGUCUGUGGGAGACAUGAGCGCACAGAAGGAGCUCCGCCUCCGACUCGGCUGUAAGAGCUUCCAUUGGUUCAUGACUGAGGUGGCCUGGGACCUGCAGCACUAUUACCCUGCUGUGGAGCCCCCUGCUGCUGCCUGGGGGGAGCUGCGUAAUGUGGGCAGUGGGCUGUGUAUGGAGAAUAAGCACAUGUCAUCCGGUUCUCCUCUCAGACUGGAGCCAUGUAUAAAAGGUCGAGCAGACGCACUGUGGAAUCACGCACAGGUGUUUACGUUUGGGUGGAGGGAAGACAUCAGAGUUGGAGAUCCUUUACACACAAAGAAAGUGUGUUUUGACGCUGUUUCACACAGCAGCCCCGUCACACUCUACGACUGCCACGGCAUGAAGGGCAACCAGCUGUGGAGAUACAACAAGGAUUACACUCUCUUCCACCCAGUGAGUAACAGCUGUGUGGACAGCGACUCGUCUGAUAAACGGAUUUUCAUGAACUCAUGUGAUCCUGCGUCCCCAAGUCAGCAGUGGAGAUUCGAGAACGUUAACAUCACUGUUCUAGAGCAGUUCAACAAGAAGCUGUCUGCACUGUGAGAACCUCACCUCGAGAACAGCUGCGGUUUAUCUGACUGUUUUCUGCACUUGUGGAUUUGUUUCAGAUUCCGGACCGAGGCAGGGUUUUGGGAUGCAGAUUGGAGCACAUGGAUUCUGUAAAGGAGAUUUUUGAGAUCUGCAGUUUUAACAUCUGGAUCUUCAGGAUUGGGGUUUUUUAAUCUCUUGGAUGUGGGAGUUUUCUCUUCAGGAUGUUUGAGAUCCAGAACCAGAGUGAAAUCUCAGACUGUGACUGGACUUUGGACAUGAUGUAAUGAUGAUGAUGUCAUGAGUCGAGUCAGUGAUGUCAGCAGUUGGAACAUUAACCUUAAAAGAGUUUGUAGUUUAAAAUCGUAUAAAGUGCCCCAUUCGCGUGUUGGGUGGUGCGGUGCUGUUAGCUGGAGGAAAUUCAGACUGAAAAUGAAAAUCACAAAAACAUGUCAGUUUUUGUACAUUGAUGUUUCUCCUUCCAGAAGUGUUUAUGAGACGAUGUUGUGAUGCGUAAAGUGCUCGUGCUGUUAUACUUGAAGCUGAACUCAGUGCCUUGUUGUAAGAGAGCGUUAAACCGUUUUGUAACGGAGCUCUGAACACUCGCCUCACUGAUCCAUUCACUUAUUAAUUAGAGCACUUUUCUCAUUUGCACUCAGAUAGCCGUACAGGACGUGUGUUUACCACCGUAAAGAAAAGGCAGAAAUGAAUCAGAAGCUCGGUUUAUUCUCAGAGUGUAUUGUGAGUUGAGCUCUGAGUUAAAGGAGUCGGGAUGGUGAUGAAAGCAGGUUGGAGGAGGAGUUUAGCUUUAUAUAUGAUAUAAUGAUCAAGAAUUAAACGUGCAACACAUGAAACAGGACUGAAAUGUAAAUAUCAUGUAAUGCUAAGAAAAUGCAAUCAGCUGAUAUUCUGAUACGACCUCUAAAGUGUUUGUGAAAGUCGUGAGACAUUAUUUUGAUUUGAUUUUCUGUUUUAAUUAAAGCUGCAUAUGAUGAGAACAGACCACAUGACCUCACGGUGUACAAUAUCAUCACUAUAUUUUAUUUAAAACUACUCAAAGUUGAAUCAUAAACCCGAUCCAUAGUCAGAGUGACCGUUCUGUCCACCGUGUUCUUCAAAUGUGACCAGGAUGAUAAGACGUGUCCUCUCUGAAGGACGAGACACACACUGCAUGCCAACAUCAGAAAAAUCCCCCAGCACUGCAGACAUGCUCACUCCCUAGGCACCCUAAUGCAACACAGCUGAAUCUGUGUGUGUGUAUAAAAGAGUGAGUGAUCCAGCAUCACUAAUCAUUAUGAAGAUGCAUAUUUGCACUUUCCUGCAUGUUUGUUUCCUUUUUCUUUAUUUCUGUCUGUUAUUAACGGUUUAUUACACAAUGUUUCUUCUUUAUUAAUCACUUCACUGGAUUUUCUUCUGUUUAAAUCUGUCUGAUGCAUAAAAUGUAACAUUCUGUUAUGGAAUCAAGUUUAAAUUCGUCACAUGGAUUCAAAUUAUUGGUCAAUUUAGUGGCUGGACCCAAAGUUGGGUUUUGUCCCACAUGCUCGAGUCUCAGUCCAGUUCGUGCUCUUGCUCUGGAAUUGUGUUCCUGCUGGGAUGAAGGGGAACGUGAUGAAUUUACUGAAUUAACCGUUUGAUAAAAUUCUAUUUUGUAUAUUUCUAUUUUCUUGUUUUUUAACCUUUACAAAAGUGGGAGAUGAUUUUUAAAGCCAGCAACAACUUGAGGGAAUCCAAGUGGAAAUUAUGUAUUUUUCUACAGAAAAUGUAAAUCUAUUUCAGUACUGAUUAUGAAAAUGGAAUCACAAUAUUUUAAUUAAAAGGAUAAAAGAAA